UGCUACAUGUAUAACCCCUUAUGGGUUGUGCUUUCCUGUGAUAAUUCAUAAGAGAAAAAUUUGAUUGAAUUUUUAACCUGGAGGGUUAGCCAACCAGGAUAACCAAGUACAUUAUGCAGAAUUUAACCUAGGAUAAUUCAUUCAAAUCAAGCAAUGUGACUUACUUCCAACGGGGUACAGUAUAUUGGUUCAAUAAUGGGGGAUGCAUUACUUGCUACAGCUGGAGACUCGGUUAAACUCUGGCACUCGCAAAACUAUACUUUGUGCCAAGAAAUUGCUUCAGAAAAUGGCCGUAUUAGGGAAAUGACUUGGAAUCAGGAUGGCCAAUGCCUGGCAAGUUUGGGAGAAACAGGAAAAGAAAUUUUGUUGUCAGCUGUUAAUGCCAAGUCAGCUGCAAACAUAGGAGUUGUACGAGGAAUUGAUGCACCAAGUUGCAUAGAAUUUGCAAGUCGGUCCCCUCAGUAUUUGGGCGUUGGAAAUCACAGUAGUGUGACUAUAUGGAAUGUGAAGUCACAAGCACAGUUAAAAAUGUAUUCAGUCCCAGAUAGUAAUAUAGCACAUAUCAGCUUUAGUCACAAUGAUUCUCACAUAACAGCUGCUACAAAAAAAGGCUCAAUCUUCUUGCUGUCUGUUGUGAACAACUCCAGGGCUGGGCCAUUUAAGAUAUUUGAUAAUCAGGCUAUAACUGAUUUGGCUUACAGCCGUGUGAAGAAGUCCCUGUUAGGAUGUUGUUCUGAAGGAGGAUCAGUUGCCUUGUUUGAUUCUCAUGCUAACAAGGUUGUCCAUGCCUUCAGUUCUGCUCACAGUUCACCAGCUUCUGCCAUAUUGUUCUCCCCUGUUAAUGAACUGUUAAUGAUGUCAGUUGGUUACGACAAGAAGCUUGCAUGUUACAAUGUUCAAACAAAACAACCCUUAAUGACACAUCGAAGUUCUGCACCACUUACUAGUGCAGCCUUCUUAGCAGGCGGUCAGCAAGUAGCUCUGGGUACCAUGACAGGACAGGUGUUUAUACAUGACCUGCGCUCAAUUCGCCCACCCAUUGCUGUCAUCUCGGCACAUAAUACAGCUGUUACUCGUGUGUUGCUACAGCCUUCAUCACGAUCUAAGUCUGAGGGUUCAGUUAGUGGCCACAUCAGGAAGGCUACUCAACAGAAGAACAUGGACACUAUUGCACCAGCACAGAUAAAGCUACUAAAGUCCUGUUCUGGUCAGCCUGAAGAACCAAACCCAAACUUGAAUGUAAAGUCUUUUCCAUCUUCUAAUAUUGAAAAUAUGCUAGAUGUGUUGUCUCCCAUAAGGCACACAGAGUCUGCUGUAGAUCAGAUAAACCCUGAGUGUGCUGUGGAGAAAUUUGGAGGCUUUGAUGUGUGUAGCUCAACUGAAUCAUUAAACAUCAGUAUAUUGUCUCCUAUACGGCAAACUAAUCAACCCUUGAAAGGCAACUUUUCACCAUUAGCUCUCAAACUGCUAAGCAAUAGCAUUGAUAAAGAUGACUUAUCCUUUAUUCGAUCCACACAUGGAAAUGAUGGUGCAGUCAGCUCAUUGAGUAAAAUCCCUUCUGUGCCAUGGGUAAAUUUUCUUGAUGUAUCUAUGUCCCCUGAUUCAGCAAAUAAUAAAGAGAAUGUGCAACCUACUCAUGCCUCAGGGCAGUAUCAAAGUGUAGAAAUGGAAGAAUUGCAAGCUAACACAUCUCUUGUAGCAUUCCAUAAAGAAGGAUGCCUCUCUCCAUUGCAUAAAGUUAAUGACUGCCAAGCAAAGAGUGAUUUAAAUAUAAAUGAAACUACUUGUGAGAAGCUUGAGCAGACUUUGCAGCAAGUUGCAGCUACAUGUUCACCAGAAAUUAAGACCUUUGAUCAAACUAACACAAACACAAAUGAGGCAUCAAAAAAUGAGCUUGAAAAUCCUGGUGAGAAAAAUGCAUGUAUGGAUAAAACUACAGCUGGUUCAUCACAGCAGGUUAUGCCAGCAGAUGACUCUACUGAUGAAAGACCUACAGAAGCUAACAGUCAGCCUAGUGCUAUGGAAAAAAGAUGUCAUGCAACAGAAUCUCCACUAAAAAAGCAUUCAUUUUUGUGGCCUGUACAAGCCAGUGACUUAGUAGCAGACUCUCCUGAUAGACCUGCACAUACUGAGGAAAGCUGCAGCUCUUUACUUCCUAUGAAUUUUUCAGACAUACAAGUAGAGUUAAUACGCAGUUGUAUGGCAGAAGUUUUAGAAGAUUUCCAGGAUGAAGUAAACCGUCGUCUGUUGCACCUACAAUAUGUGAUGACCAAGCAGUUUUUCCAACAGCAGGAGUUCAUGGAACAGCUCCACCGCCAGUAUUCUUUAAAUGAGGACCUUCUACAGGAGAAUGAGAGAUUACAUAAAGAAAUCUCUCACCUAAAAGCAAAAUACUAAGUUAAGUGAUUUAAGUCUCUUGCUGAUGAACAGAUUGACAUUACUUCUUGAAAGCUGCUUUCAGUCUUUAUAUUUGGAGCAUUUUAUAGAUAAACUAAAAACAGCUUUCAAGGAUUAACUUUAAUCUGUUCAUUACCAAGAAACUUCAAUCACUCAACUUAAAGGAAACUUUGUUCAACUCUCACUUCCCAUCAGUGAUGUGGUUCACCAGUGUUGUCCCGGCCCCGGGUCUUUUCCAUUUGGUGACCUGGCGUCUUCCCAUCAGUUUUUACAAAAUUAAAAAAAGGUUGAAAAUUGUAAAUUCACCCCUUAAGAAUCUAUAAUCCUCCUUUUAUAUUUGAAGCAUUUUAUAAACUGAAAACAGGUUUCCAGAAGUAACAUUAAUCUGUUCAUUACCAAGAUAUUUAAAUCACUCAACUUAGUACUUAUUCUAAAAACUGAGGGGAAGAUUCCGGGUCACCAACUGGAAAAGACCAGGACUGGGACAACACCAGCGAACCACAUCACUGAUGGGAAGUGUGAAUUGAAAAGUUUCUUUAAUGCAGGAUAAAAUGCACAUAUUUAAUAUGCCUUAAGAAUAUUGCAUACAUUUAUAAUGUUGAAAAUAAUAAUUUUAUACUUGUAAAUACAUAAGUUUAUAUUUAAAUAACCACAUUUCAUUUCAUAGGUAAAAAUUAAUAUAUUGUA